CUUGAGUAGGUAGUAGCAUGUGGUGUGGACCCCACACCCACAGGCCUCAAAAGGCACAAACCGCUUCUAAGUACAGUGUUUCACUUUGGGAAUCUCUGAACUUAGAUCAGAAGUGUUCUAUUCUUCUUCUUCUUCUUCACUCAUUUCAUUCCUACUUUCUUAGUUAACUCUCCUCUGCAACACAAACAAAGGAUUUGAAGGGGUGAUCUUUGUAGUUCAAUAAUGGUUGUUAGGUCUUCUAAAAGAAAAAAGUUGCUGAAUUUAUAUGACUCUAAGUCUGAUGAUGAUGAUGAUGUACCUUUGAGAGCAAAGUCAUUGUCAACUUUGAAUUUGGGAGCAAGUAGUAGUAGUAGUAGUAGUAAAUGUGAUGACUCUGUUGAGAAUAGGCAUACUAGACUGCCAGCAAAGAGGCCUUUUGAUGACAACAUUCCCUCGCAAACUUCGGUUAAAAAAUCAAAGUUGUCAUCGUUUUCCAUUAAUCUCAUGAAGAAGAGCAUACUCGGAUUAAGGAGCGUUGAGGAGGAAAAAUUGCAAUCCCUUGAGAGAGAUAUUGAGGAGUGCUCCAAAGAGCUUCUAAAUAAGAAAAAGCAAGCUAGUGAUGUUAGACAAACUAACCAAUAUUACGAGGAAAUGCAAAACAAAAUCGAAAAAGGUGUCAAAGAUCUUGCAGCAAACGAAGAGCAUGUCCGUUUCAUCAAGGGUUUGAUUAAAAAAAAAACACUUGAGCUCAAGAAAAAUAAGAGACAGCUUCUUGCAGCCAUGGAUAGCAAUAAUAGAGGCCGUGGAAGAUUGAAGGAAAAAGAGCUUGAGACUCUUUCACAAAAAAUUGAUGAAUGUAAUGAGGAAAUUAAGACAAGAAAGGAAGAGCUUGAUGCUUUGAAAAUAUCUGUUAGUCAUAAAAUAAAAGAGCUAAUGUCAGAAAGGAGUAACAUACUAAAUGCAAUGUCAGAGAGGAGAACUGGUCAGCUUGUUCAAAUGAAGGACUUGGAGUCAACGAAAAAGCAAUUUGAAGGUAGAGCUACGGAGUUUGAUUCCAAAAUGAAGCAGUGUGACCGACGAAUAGAGGGGGUUGAAUCAAAUGAGAAGCUCUAUGAAGGGCGGACAAAGGUGUCGGAGUCAAAGCAGGAGGAAUUCGAAAGGCAGGUGAAGGAGCUUGAAUCAAAAAAGAAGCAAUUUGAAAGCCAGGAAAAGGUGCUCGGAUUAAAAGAGAAGCUAUUUGAAAGACAAGUAGAUGAUCUGGAAUCAUUCAAGGAGCAUUUUGGAAGCCAACUGAAGGGACUCAAAUCAAAAGAGAAGAUAUUUGAAAGACGGAUGAAGGAGUUGAAGUCAAAAGAGGAACAUUUUCAAAGACGGGUGAAGGUGUUUGGAUUAAGAGAGUGUGAUUUUGAAGGCCAGGUGAAGGACUUCGAAUCAAAAUUGAAGCAAUAUGAAGGACAAGUGAAGGAGUUACAAUCAAAGAAAGAGGAAUUUGAAGGCCGAGUGGAAGAGUUUAAAUCACAAGAGAAGGACUUUGAAAGCCGAGUAAAGGGGUUUGAAUCAAAAGAGAAGGACUUUGAAAGCCGAGUGAGGAAGUUUGAAUCAGUAGAGAAGGACUUUGAAAGCCUAGUGAAGAAGUUUGAAUCAGUAGAGAAGGACUUUGAAAGCCGAGUGAGGAAGUUUGAAUCAGUAGAGAAGGACUUUGAAAGCCGAGUGAAGAAGUUUGAAUCAGUAGAGAAGGACUUUGAAAGCCGAGUGAGGAAGUUUGAAUCAGUAGAGAAGGACUUUGAAAUCCGAGUGAGGAAGUUUGAAUCAGUAGAGAAGGACUUUGAAAGCCGAGUUAGGAAGUUUGAAUCAGUAGAGAAGGACUUUGAAAGCCGAGUGAGGAAGUUUGAAUCAAAAGAAGAGGAACUUGAACUAAGAGACGGUCAAUAUGAAACGUUAAUAAAAUCAUUUGAAGAGGAAAUUGAAUCAGAUGAUCAACCAAGUCCUACCAUUGAUGGAAGAAGUUUGCAGUUUCUCCCAAUUGAGGAAAUUGAUGAACUUGAGUCACAUGGCAACGACAGUCUAGCUAAUCUGCUAGCAUCAUCAUCAGAUCCAUCAAAAGAUGUUUUAGAUAUAAUCCAGAACCCCAUCAUUCCACAGUGUAAGGGAGAAAAUGUUGUAAUUAUUGAUGAUCACCACAUUGAUCUGCUCGAACAACUGAUGAGAAUCUCACCACAUGUUAAACCUCAUGUGCGAGAAGAAGCAAUGAAGCUAGCACUUAAACUGAAAGCUUACAUUGGCGAAAAUACUGAAAAUCCAGUGCCAGUUCUGGGGUUUUUGCUCCUUCUGUCAAUUUAUGGAUUGGUUUCUUCUUUCGAUGAAGAUGAAAUUUUAAAGCUUUUUGGGUUUGCUGCUCAACACAAGAUAUCUGUAGAGCUGUUUGGGACUAUGGGUUUGGCACAUAAAGUUUCUGAUUUUGUUCAGAAUCUUAUCAUGAAGCAGCAAUAUAUUGAGGCUGUUAGAUUCAUCUGCGCAUAUAACACAGCCACUAAGAAUCAAUCAGUUGGUCUAUUGCGGGAACAUGUGCAGAAUGCAAGAUCGAUUAAUGAGAGCAGUUGCAAGGCAACCAACUCCAUAGAAAUCAAGGAUAAGGCAAAAGACCAAGAAAUUGCUAGUCUGGGAACUGUUCUACAGUGCCUUUCAGAUAACAAUAUGGAAUCCGUGGAUUUACUGAACGAGAUUCACGGUAGAAUUCAUGAGCUAAAUAGAGAGAAAGGUGAGUAGCUUUUGUAUUGGAAGUAGGACUGUAACCGAAGUUCGUAAAUGAAACAACAGGAUUCUGUGUUAAGUUUUGGGAUUCAGUUGGAUGUGGGUAGAUAGAUAGUAUUCUGGUUUUGGAAUGGUUAAGAGAAUGAUUAUCUAAUGUAUUAUUAUGUUAACAUCUAACAAUUUAUCUGAUCGAGACACACGGCGAAGGAUGACAGUAACGACAACUGGACUGUACAAACAAACUGAUGUAAAAAUCUGGUGAUACACCUCGUGUUGUACCAUUUUGAUGUUUUGAUUAUGAUGAUAAGAGUUAGUUUUUGUUGUUCCAACAAAAAUAGAAGAGUUAGCCUCAAUUGCUUUAAUUGCUUUGAAAUAUUGAGGUAACAUUAUGGAAAAAGAAGUCUAGUCUACAAUCAUUUGUAAUGGAAUAUUGAGGCAAUGUGGGACUUAAUGGAUUUCAUAAGUUGACAUA